AUGGCCUCCUCUUCAUCAUCCUCCCCAGAGAUCGCUGCUGCUCCCUCUGCAACAGAGUCGCAAUCCACAGUCCAAUAUUCUCAUCUCAGCCGCGAAGAGGUGCUGGAAGAGCUCUCAAGUCGAUUCAUUCUCAAUCUGCCUGAAGAGGAGCUAGCAUCUCUCGAGCGUGUGUGUUUCCAAGUAGAACAGGCACACUGGUAUUACGAGGAUUUCAUUCGCGAGCAGAAUCCGUCAAAAUUUCCUUCCUACACAUUAAAGACGUUCUCCGAAGCAUUGUUUCGUGCAUGUCCAUUGCUGCACCAUUGGGCACAUGAUCACGAACGAGCAUUUGAAACAUUUAUGAAGUACAAGACGAGGGUCCCGGUGUGUGGGGCUAUUAUGCUGAACGAUACUUGGGAGAAGUGUGUCCUUGUUAAGGGUUGGAAAUCAUCUGCCGGGUGGGGAUUUCCGAAAGGGAAGAUUAAUGAGCAAGAACCUCGUCCCAACUGCGCUGCUCGGGAGGUCCUUGAAGAAACCGGAUAUGACUUGGAAGGACAAAUUAAUUCGGAAGACGUAAUUGAGUUGUCUAUCAAGGAGCAAUCGAUAUCCCUCUAUAUCGUAUCCGGUAUCCCGGAAGACUUCCCGUUCAAGACCAGAACACGAAAAGAGAUCAGUAAAAUCGCAUGGUUUCGACUUUCCGACUUACCAACAUGGAAACGUAGUAAGGCUGUACCGGGGAAGUUUUACCUUAUAUCCCCCUUCAUUGGGCCAUUGAAGGCGUUUAUCAAUAGCCGGAAACCCCGCAAUUUGCCCCGGAGAGCACGCAGAUCUCAAGGCGCACAACCCAGCCAAGAUCGCCAUAUUUCAAGUGAAGAUGAUUGUGGAAAUCAUGGGCAAGGUGAUCCGAUUACUCUCGAUGUUAACGCGCAAGAGUCGAGCUCUCAAUCGUCGUCUGCUGACAACGGAGAGCCACAAACACCAUCGCCUCAGUACAGUGUUCACCCCGUUACUUAUCAAACCCAAGAUGCUGCUGUCGUUGCUGUUAACCCUGCAACAAUGGUAGAUACGGACGGAGUAGAUCCUCACUUUGCGCGCUUACUCACAUCAUUGACGCUAUCGGCGUCGGCCUCACCAAUGAACGGGGAUAGUAAACCUCAGCCGCCCUCGCACAAAGCACAGCGUCCUACAUCUCCUCCCUUCAACACCUCUAAGUCUCCUUCCCACUCGGUUUCUACCCUGUCGUCUUCGCGGGCUAUAGGCAGCGCUAGUCAUCUUCCCUCCCGUACUUCUACUACGACGCCGUUAAACGCUUUCACCCAAUCUCAGACUAACCCAUUCCUUCCAUCCAGCUCAGGUAGACCUUCUGAUAUUUCUGACGGCCACCUGGUCCCCUCUUCACCUGCGGUUUCUUCAUCGCUCGCGACCAGCGCCGCUUCCCCAAGGCACUCUCCUCGCUUGUCGCGUGCACGUCAUGGUUCGAGAAUCUCUGCAGAUAUCUCGCCAUAUAUGUCGCGACCCCGCGAUAUUCCUAAAGAGAUGAAGUAUAUAUCAAUGCUGGAGAAUGUUGCCAAAGAGUCAGAUAAGAUAUCAUCUCAAUUGUCGUAUCAGCCUUCUCCGCCCUCUGCCCCAUCGCACUAUACUGGCAUGUCCUAUAGGGUACCAGGUCCAUCUGCGUCGGUGCCUCCGGGGCCCAUAUACAGUCGGAUGGAAUCUCCCGUGAUAUACUCAUCAGCACCAGUGGCCGCGUCGAUGUACUCAACUGCAGCAGUACCUCUCAGCACCAUGCGGGCAUUCGAAUUCCAAUCUUCGGAAGAUCCAUUCACAGUGCGCCCUCGUACAAGUGUCCCCUUCCAUCAAACAUCUUAUCCUCCCCGCAAACCGAGUUUGAACGAGGAGAGUCUACGUUACAUGUUGCCUAAUAUGGAUCAUCGUAUCCAUCCGCCACACCUCCCUUCUCCACCUUUUCACCAUUCGGGACAGAUGGGGGCUUCAGCUCAUGCUCAUACAAGUCACUAUCCUCCUCUUAUGCCUCCCGCAUUUAAUGUGCAGCCACAGAUGCAUCGACCGAAUGGAGCCUCUCAUCACUCAAAUGCGUAUCCAGCCCAACCACCCCCUCCCUCGUUGUCGCCGGUUAUCAAUUUAUCUCAACCGGCGCAGCCUGUCAACAAAGCUCAUUUAUUGUCUAUCCUAAACACUCCUGGUUCUGCAGCUCAUGCGUUCCCAAUGCAGCCUGGCCUUAUGAACGGCACGGGUACUAGAUGA